AAAUCGUAAAAUAAGACCCAAUCAUCAUGGCGCAAAUUUAUCAUAAAUAUUUAACAUACUGUAAACUGUAAAAUAAAUACAAGCAAGCAACAUCUAUACUAUUUACAAAAUAAUAUCAUCAUCAACUAUGAUAUCAUAUAUCCAUUAAUAAUUGCGCCUUAUAAAUAAACUUAUUUGUCUCUAUUUGUUCGUCGUACAUGAUUCUUCGGUGUUUUCUUUUUUCUUGCUUUUUGUGAAGAUGUCAUAAAUUCAGAAAUGCUGUAGCAUUUCAAAAUAUCGAAACAUUGUCUCUGCACAAAGAAUCACUUCCCGCGAUAUGACGUAAUUACGGACAGCAUAAACCAGUUCUCUCGACGUACCUGCUGGAAGGUACUCGGCUACUCGUUCUGUCAUCAGAAUUUCGAUUCGUUGUUUGUACCGGGACACUGGAUGCCUCUGGUCACCAAGUUUGUGUUUGAUGAAGGCAAUAAUGUACAACGAAGAUGAAAAAUUGCCAAUUACAUCACCAAUUGAUCUUUUCAAAUUGUCCUGCUGUGUAUCCUGCGAUUCAUCGUAAAUUUUACUCAUGAAAUCUUUCAGUAUACUUUGUGUCAAUUGAAAUGAGUGCAAGUCAUGGGGAUUUCCAAGGUUUGUAAUACUUAUUAUCCUGAUGAGCUUGACUUACUCGGUCGAUUUACAAAGGAUCUUCUUUCCAUUGUCAAUGAAACAAUGGGUAAUGAAGGGGAAUAUUUUCAGCAGUUUACCGUGAUUGCAAGUGUGAAACCCCGUAGUAUGCGCAAACAACCUGCAUUUCUGGGAUGUUCAGGGUCAAAUUUCCGCAUGAAAUGGCUAUAAAAGUAUCGCCUGGUUCGAAGCUUCAAGUGCUGGACCGAAGAACAUCAAAGUUGAAGAAAGAGAAGCAGGAAAAGAGAAAUACAAGAAGUUGUCAGAAACAUUUGCAAUUCAAAUUUUGGAAAGAUGACGGUGAUAAUGCAUAUUUUAGUGAUGUUUGCUGUCGUGUUAAACAUUCAAGGACAUCGAAAACCGGAGAAAGACAAUUUUGAUAUGCACAGCAAGCCAAUAGAUCUGCUGCAAAGACUGAAACUUCUCAAUUUCCAGAAUAUCGAAAUUAUCAGAAAAUACGUGAAGCAACAUUCGAUUUGGGAUAACAGUGGGAAGAUUGCAUUGAAGAAUAGCAUAGCAGUGACUUGUAGACAGAGGACAAUGAAAGUAAAAAUGUCGGUCAAAGAUCGAGCCAAUGAAUUGUUGAAUAUGAUGGAGCUUAUGGUAAGCGUUUUGCAACAACUAAAAAUUGACGAGUCACGCCUGCCUUUAGAGGCUGAUGAGAUGACGAAAGAUCUCAGGCAUAUGGAAUUCGAACUUCGGGAUAUUGCCGAGUCAGUAUAUAGAAAACUGGUUGAAAAUAACCUAGGCCCUCUUUUGGCUCCAUACACGAGCGGACACUUUCCAGACCAUCCAAUUUACAAUGGCUACAGUCCAAAAACAGUGAGGACAAUGAUUGUCAUGCAGUUAUAUGCACUACAAAGUUGCAUUGGCGAUAUCUACCAUGUUUUAAAGAACGAUCUUCUAGAUGUUUUGCAUGGCAUCAAAUUCAGAGCAUAGAAAUGCAGCUUAUAUUUUGUGGCAAAUAUAGCAAGUAUUUAAUGAACUGCAUUUGAUAUGUUAAAUUUUGUGAUUAAUAUAUAUAUAAAGAAAUAACUAAGUGAUAGAAGCGUAUCAAUUCAAAAUCUGUUUAAAAUUAUAAUUGCUAUUAUAACUAAGAUUGCUGCUUUUCUCUAUCUUCUUUUAAACAAAACAUUUUAUUGAAGUUGUUCUCGUCAAAUACACAGCCAUCUCAGCAACCACGUGGCUGUAGGUGUCGGCUAGGGGGGGAGGCAAACUCGA